CUUAGCCACUUUCCACUCGUGCACUUGCACAGUCACAAGGUCCAUCGGCGAGGACGCAAAUCCAAGAAUCCAGAUGCAGUAUAAUAAUCUGGGACGAUCCGGCCUGAGAGUUUCCCAGCUCUCUUUUGGGGCGUGGGUCACGUUCGGCAACCAGAUCGACGUCAAGGAGGCCAAAUCGCUCCUCCAGUGCUGCCGGGACAAUGGUGUCAAUUUUUUCGACAACGCCGAGGUGUACGCCAACGGCCGCGCGGAAGAGAUCAUGGGACAGGCCAUCCGUGAACUGGGAUGGAAGCGCUCCGACAUAGUGGUCUCCACCAAGAUCUUCUGGGGCGGUCCGGGCCCAAACGACAAAGGGUUGUCCCGGAAGCACAUUGUCGAGGGAACCAAGGCGUCCCUGAAAAGGCUCGACAUGGAUUAUGUGGACCUGAUCUACUGCCACCGUCCAGAUACGAGCACGCCGAUUGAGGAGACUGUUAGGGCUAUGAACUAUGUGAUUGAUAAGGGCUGGGCUUUUUACUGGGGAACUAGCGAGUGGUCUGCUCAGCAGAUCACUGAGGCUUGGGGCGUGGCUCAGCGUCUGGAUCUGGUUGGACCCAUUGUUGAGCAGCCGGAGUAUAAUCUCCUCUCUCGCCACAAGGUGGAAUCUGAGUACCUCCCCCUAUACACCAAUUACGGCAUUGGUCUCACUACAUGGAGUCCGCUUGCAUCUGGAGUGUUGACAGGAAAGUAUUCCUCUGGACACAUUCCACCUGAUAGUCGAUUUUCCCUCGAAAAUUACAAGAAUCUCGCCGUCAGGUCAUUGGUGGAUGAUGUAUUGAAGAAAGUGAAUGGAUUGAAACCAAUUGCUGAAGAAUUGGGUGUGACUUUGGCUCAACUGGCAAUUGCUUGGUGUGCUGCAAACCCCAAUGUUUCAUCUGUUAUUACUGGUUCCACCAAAGUUUCUCAGAUCCAAGAGAACAUGAAGGCCAUUGGUAUUAUUCCAAUGCUGACACCUUUGAUGAUGGAUAAGAUUGAGGAUGUUGUUCAAAGCAAACCAAAGCGCCCAGAUUCAUAUCGUUAGGCUUGUGUUACCAGCACUAUGCUUGGUUAAACAAAAAAAAAAAGAUUCCCCCAACACCACCUCUCCUGGCCAUUUCUACAGCUUCUGCUUUAUUUAUGCAAUUGAACUUUGUUGAGGCGUUGGUACUUUCCUUUGGGUGGGUAGAAUUGUGUGAAUGCUGGAUUUCUAUUUGUUGAAAAAAAACUACUGCAGUGGAGACGAGUGUUUGUUUGUUUGAUGGCCUUUCCUUUUUUGUUAUUGCUUUAUUCAUCAAUGUUACAUCAAACUCAAUAAUAUUACCUCUGUCCAGGAGUGUUUUAUU